CACCCAGUUAUGGCGCAGCAACAUUUAACAGCACAGUGCUCUCCUUUGUCUGUAAAGAAGCCAUUUUGAGACAGAGAACAGCAGACAAACAUUGCACAAUUGUAGCCUAUAUACCUCCAAAUGGUCUCUUUGGAUAAAGGGAAGCAGUGAAAAAAUACAAGAUUUUUCCCUAUAAGAUUCAUUUUGCUCGUUUAAGACUUGGAUUACAUGUUUUGAAUACUAAAUGUAAGUUUACAAUAUCAAUCAAAAAUAUUGGCUAGUUAUUCUUUAUAACAUUCAAUAUAGUUUUGUUGAUAUCGUUUUAAUCACAAUUAAUUGUUCAUGUUGUCCGUCCUCUAUAAUACUUAUGUGUAGAUAUACAAACUGGCAAAUUAAGUGAAAUAGCUCAAAAUCCAUUACCUUUCAAUACAACAUUUCCUUGAGGUUUUAAAUGAUGUAGCUCAGAUAGAAUUGUCGAAAUGCAAGAGGAUUUAUACUUGACUGCAAUCCUGUCUUCAAGGAGAGAGAGGAGAUGGUUUGCAUAUUGCCCACACAGAUGAUGCUUGAAGAUGCAUAUUCGCUAGCAGAGAGGCAAUGCCUACCACUGAUCAAAAAGUUUUCAAAAAGAGCUUUAUCUUUCGUGCUAAUGGAUUCCUUCCUUUUCAGGAGACGCAUUCCCACCCCUUAUUAGUGCCAUUAAUAGAGGAUCCGAAGAUGGAGCUGAAAACAUUCCUCCUACCCCUGCGUUUAGGCCUGUUAACUGCAUUUCACCAAAGUGCUGAGGUUUUGCGAACGGCAUGGACAGUCAUCCCGUCUGUGCCUCGGCGGAGAAGCGGAGUCACCACUGGAGAAGUUACAAGUUGAUUAUUGACCCGGCGCUGAAGAAGGGAUCACACAAACUAUAUCGCUACGAUGGACACACUUUCAGCAUGCCUAACCCCGGGAUACCACCGGUGGACAUCGUCCGAGACCCGAGGAUCGGUCGUCUCUGGACCAAAUACAAAGAGACGGACCUGCCGGUGCCCAAAUUCAAGAUCGAUGAGUGUUACAUCGGCCCUGUGCCUCCAAAGGAGGUGACAUUCGCCAGGUUGAACGACAACAUCAGAGAAGGAUUUCUUACCGAAAUGUGCAAAAAAUAUGGAGAAAUCGAGGAGGUCGAGAUCCUGUACAAUCCAAAGAACAAGAAACACUUGGGAAUUGCCAAAGUUGUUUUUGAGAGCGUGAAAGCUGCCAAGGUGGCCGUGCAGUCGCUUCACAACACCUCUGUGAUGGGAAACAUCAUCCACGUGGAGCUCGACCCGAAAGGUGAGAAUCGCCUUAGGUACUACCAGCUCCUAAUGAAUGGCAGCUACACUCCACGGACCCUGCCUGUUGGUGGAGAGGAGGCUAGAGAAGUUUCCCCUCGUAGUCUGGCAGAAGCAUUACUGGCCUGCGAGCCCAUCCGUAGGUUAUCUGAGAGCAGUGUGUCUGCUGUGGGAGGAACACUGCCACCUAGCAGCUCCACCACCCCUCUGUCCCUGGAGACAGGCUACUCCAGCCUAAGGCAGGACACACCUCAGUCCCAGGGAACCCCUCAUACUCCACGCCAGACAGGUACGCCCUUCUCUCAAGACUCCAGUUACUCCAGUCGGCAGUCCACACCUGCGUACCAGUCCAGCCGGCCGGAGAGCUCCGGAGGCUACAAAUCCCGGAGACACGAGAGUAAGUUCCAGGAUGCGUACAACCGCCGACCGGAGAGGCCUCAGUACCGCAGCAUGUACCGGAGUACAACGUCUGAACAGGCGCCUUUCAAACAACAUCAACUCACCCCACCUGAACCCCCACCCUCCACCUCCUCCUUCACCUACACAGCACCUCCUCCUGCUACGCCCAACUUCAAGUCCGCCUUCUCACCCUACCAGACUCCUUUGCCCCCUGCGUUCCCACCGUCAGAGCCAGCUUUCCAUCACCCAGCCCAAAGGGAGGGUGAGUACCUCCGACCACAGCAACCGCCUCUGGCAGCUGGCACUGACUUACUUCCCCCUAAGGAGAGACCAGAAACUCCUCCGAUCCCCGAGCCCCCACCAGAGCCUGUACCCCAUCCUACCACCCCUCCUCCACAAACGCCAGAGCACUGUCCCUCACCUGGCUCCCCCACGCUGGAUCCAGAGCGCAAUAGCCUGGAUUCUCGCAUUGAGAUGCUCCUCAAAGAGAAAAGGACAAAACUGCUGCCGUUCCUAGAUGAUCGAGACUCGGACACUGAGGUGCAAAUGGAGGGAAGUCCAAUUUCCUCCUCCUCCUCUCAGCUUUCCCCAAUUCCCCCUUACACAAGCGGCUCUCAAGGUGGCCAACAAAAUUCCCGACCCACUAGCACAGGCUUGGAGGAUAUUAGUCCGACCCCACUGCCAGACUCCGAAGAUGAGGAGCCAAUUCCUGGAACCGCCUCUCUGAUCAAGAGAAUCGGCUCUCCUGUGCAUGAGAAGAUGAGCAACAGUGACCUCAAAGGUGGACAUUUUCGAGGCCACACUCCCACAGAUAAAAUGGACACAGCUCAUCAUUCGUCAGGAGAAGACAUGGAGAUCUCUGACGACGAGAUGCCUGGGACACCGAUCACCAGCGGAGACUGUGGCAAGGGCAUUGUUGUCAACUCUGCGGUAUCCCCAAUGCAGACGAUUCCCAUCCCUCCUCCCGGCUUCCCCCCUCUACCGCACCAAGCCGGCUUCCCGAUCCCGCAUCAUCACCUGGCCCCACACUCUGCCGUCCCUGGGCAUCCUUCUCACCUGGCCGGUCAUCCUGGGGUGCCUCACCAUAUGCUGGCACCCAUGGGUCCCUACCCUCAUAGCAUGAUGCCACUAGUGCAGAUGGAGCUGAUGAACUGCUUGCGUUGGGAACAGUGGAGCACAGUUCCCAUGUCAUUCCAGAUGCAGCAGCAGAUGCUGAGUCGCAUAGCUCAGACUAGGGGGCCGUAUCCUUAUCCACAUUUUAUGGACAGUGGUGCGUCUGGGCCGUUUGGUGGGCCUUACCAGCCUCUCUCUAUGGGUGGCGCACCAGCUAGUGGUGGCACAGGGGCACCUGGACAACAAUGGCAGCAUCCCAGUAUACCAAAGUUCAACCCUACUGUUCCUCCUCCAGGAUAUGAGACUAAAAAGGAGGAUCCCCACAAGGCCACUGUCGACGGUGUGCUGCUGGUCAUUGUCAAAGAGCUGAAAGCCAUCAUGAAGAGGGACCUCAAUCGCAAAAUGGUGGAGGUGGUGGCUUUUAGAGCCUUUGAUGAGUGGUGGGAUAAGAAAGAACGCUCAGCAAAGGCAUCUUUGACUCCAGUAAAAGGAGCAGAGGGGAAAGAAGAAGAAAGACCCAGACUCAAAGAGACAAUGGGUUCAAGUCUGCUGGAGAAUUGGAACAAGGGUGAUGGACUGGCCUACGAGGGAAUGGGCUUGGGUCUCAGCUUGCGAGGAACCAUCCGACUGCCCUCCUUCAAGGUGAAAAGAAAGGACCCACCUGAGGCUGCAGCAGCAAGCGACAACAAACGAGCCCGGCCCUCCACUCCAGUGGAUGACGAGCUGGAGGAAGAAGAUCGGGACAGAGACCCAGCAGAGCUCCCCUCAGAAGAUUCUAAAAUCGACAGCGACGGCAUGUCUGCAAAGCGACGGCACUCACGACCACUUAAGCUGGACAGCGAGGGAGAGGAGGAGAUGGACACCUCAGGGAAGGAGGAAGAGUCUUUGUCCGAUAGAGAGGAGGAACCUGAUGAAACGGAGGCUGCACAUAGGCUGUCAUCAGGCAAAGAGAGUGACGACGAAGACGGUGAUGACGAAGACAAUGGAGACUCAUCUAGUGAAAGUGGUUCCUCAGAUUCGUCUGAUGAAGAGCCUGAGAGUUCAGCUUCUUCUGACUCCUCAGCAGGAGAAAACUCCUCUGAGUACGAGUACGAGUCUGAGUUCGAGGUGCACGACAACGAGGAGGAAGAAGAAGGGCUGGUAGAAGAUGAUGUGGAGGAUGAAGGCAAAGAGGCCGAGACUUCCUCGACAGCUUCAGAAUUUUUAUCUUCUGAUGAAGAGAAGGGGGAGGCUGAGGCCAAGCCACCAAGCCCUCCUGCAGGACCAGUUCUAGAGGAUAAGGAGGACAAGAGGAGCAGAGAGGAACUAAGCAGCAAGCUCAAGCACAGACCUCCAAGUCCCAAGGAGGAGGUAAUGGAGGACCUGAAGCCACCAUUACUUACAGGCAUCCCAGUCAAAGAGGAAGACAUCAGUGUAAACAGCAACAUUCCUGUAGUGAAGUCUGAACCUCAGGAGCAUGUAGCCAAUCUUCGGCCACCCACUCCCACAUGCCCGCUGCCUGACAGUGACCAGGAGAUGAAGGCUAAAGGUAAAACAGAGCCGGAGGAAGUAGCCUGCACCCCCGGUCGAUUAGCCCCACCCCACUUAGAUUCAGACACACCCGUUCCCAAAUCCAUCUCCACAUAUUUAAUGCACCUCCCUCUCCCUGCUCACCCGACAGUAGAAAGCCGUUCCCUGCUUCAUCCAGCCUCUGGUCUUCUGCCAGACCUCCCUCAGCGGGCCAGAAUCCCCACAGAUGAGGACAUACCCCGCACACCGGGUAGGGACCUGAUGGAGCGUGUCCACAUUUUGGGCAAGUCCCAGAGCACAGACACAGUCCCCAACACUCCUGGGAGUGAUGCCCCACUUACAGGUAGCAGCCUGUUGCUUAGCUCCCCUCACAUCCCUGGUAGCCCGUUUUCCUACCCUGCUCAGUCCCCGGUCCUUAGUGCUGGAAUCCCCCGCACUCCAGGAAGAGACUUAACAUUCACCCCUGUCUUCCCUGACCCCACAGCGGUGACUCUCAACAGGAAAAUCUCUUCUGAGAGCCUGGAUGAUAGACCAGUUUUUAAGGAGCCACCCAUCAGCACCCUGCCUAAUCAAGCCCUGUCAGCUGGCACAGAACACUCAGUCAGCAUCCCUGAAGAUCUGCCUGCUGGGAUCACGAUAGACGUCCCUGUGCCAUCAGACACUGCAUCGUCAAGGAGGAAACCUGGACGACCCAAAGGCAAAAAGAUCUCAGCUGUCACUGCAGCUGAUGAUUCUUUGGAGCUCUCAUCUGAGUUUACGCCUCUGCCUCACGAUACCCAUCUCGGAGAUCUAUCCGUGCAAAUGAUGUCUGUAAAGUCUCCUGAACACCCGAGCCUGGACUUUCAGGGGAGAGAGGUGGAGCCCCGGACUGUCCUACCUGCCGAAGAUGGCUUUCUGUCCUAUGAAGAGGAGAGGCCUGUGGCUGUGAAGCCCCCUCGAAGGGCACGGCGGGGUUGGGAGGAGCUGCUGCUGGACAGCCUGUCGCCCGUUACCACACCUCCCCGGCCGUACUUUACCCCACGUACCAAUUUUGAGGAGAUGACCAUCCUGUAUGACAUCUGGAAUGAGGGCAUAGAUGAGGAGGACGUUCGGCUUCUGCAGAUCACUUACGACAAGAUGCUCCAGCAGGACAAUGGCAACGACUGGCUCAACGACACACUCUGGGUGAACCAUCCUCCUACCAACAUCCCUGGCGUGAAGAAAAAGAGGAGAGAUGACGGCAUGAGGGAUCACAUGACCGGCUGUGCCAGAAGUGAGGGAUACUACAAGAUCGACAAGAAGGACAAGAUCAAGUACCUUCAGAGCACACGGGUGCAGUCGGAGGAGCCACCGGUUGACACACAGGGUAUGAGUAUUCCUGCUCAGGUCCACGCCUCUACCAGGGCUGGUUCGGAGCGGCGGUCGGAGCAGCGACGUUUGCUGUCCUCGUUUGCAUGUGACAGUGACCUGCUGAAGUUCAACCAGCUGAAGUUCCGUAAGAAGAAGAUCAGAUUCUGCAAGUCGCACAUCCACGACUGGGGUUUGUUUGCUAUGGAGCCCAUCGCUGCUGAUGAAAUGGUGAUAGAGUAUGUGGGACAGAAUAUCAGACAGGUGAUUGCGGACAUGCGGGAGAAGCGCUACGAGGAGGAGGGCAUCGGUAGCAGCUAUAUGUUCCGCGUUGAUCACGACACGAUCAUAGACGCUACCAAGUGUGGCAACUUUGCCCGUUUCAUCAACCACAGCUGCAAUCCUAACUGUUAUGCGAAAGUCAUCACAGUUGAGUCACAGAAGAAGAUCGUAAUCUACUCCAGACAGCCCAUUAACAUCAACGAGGAGAUCACCUACGACUACAAGUUCCCCAUCGAGGACGAGAAGAUCCCCUGUUUGUGUGGGGCAGAGAACUGCAGGGGGACGCUGAAUUAAUGGAAGAGCUCCCAAGGCACUUACAGACUCUACAGCAAUGCCCCGGGUGAAGAGGGGUUGAAGAGGAAAGGUUUGAUUUGAGAAGCAACCUGCAAGUUGUCUAGAUAGUUUGGCUACCUGUACCGUACUCUUCACAUAUUUAACUCUAGAUUGGUUACGAUUUAUGGUGCUCAUGAAAUGGAAAACAUAGUUUUUUAUGUAUGCCAGUAACCCUGAAUUUACAAAACACUUGACUUGCUGUUGCAGCAUUUCCUCCCCCUGUUCUAAACAUCAGACAGUAUUUCAACAUGGUCCCUUCCAUAGCCAGUCUUGGGUUGUACAGUUUUACACUUUUUUUUUCUCCUCUCUCAUUUGUCUCAUAAGCUUUACAUACACCACAUGUGGUACAAAACAAACUCACAUGAUCAGCUGCUUACUAACACUGUUGAGACGCACAAGCCCACCAGGAAAACCCUUCUCUGUGGGAGAAGAUGUGGUCAGCCUGAGCAGAUGGCACACGGAGCUGUUUCCAUCUAGCAGCAGGCGGGAGGGCCGCAGAGCGUCACGGCCGGCCACGGACUGAAACCGUCUUUUCACUCCUACCUCCUCUGCACCAGUUUUCUUGGAGAUAAAUCAAACUGUUCAGAAAAAAAAAAUCAAACAACAACAAUGGUGAAAUGUUGCCACAAAAUCUGGAAAAUUUGGAUAUCACACCCACUUUUCACCAGCUAAUAACGAAUCAUGCUGCUUCCUAUUAGUUUAUGCAACAUUUAAAGAAAAUGUGCAGAAUUUGUAUUGAUAUUCCAGUGUGGUCCAGGUUUGUUUAGGUAGUUCUCUUCGUGGUUGUUUCUUCAAAGACACUAUUUGUAUGAGUGUGUAUCAGGCUUCUGAAUGAGAGUAUCAUCUCAGUGUGUGCGUGUUUGUGUGAAUGUGAGGGCACCGCCCCCUGUAGGCAGUGGUGCAGAAAGGCCGGCCAAUCAGAAAAUGCAAAUUGAAUCAGUUUCUGUCUACGUCAGCAGCAUCUGAAAAUACUUGCCAGACUUAAGUUUUCAGCUUUUGAGGAAGGAAUGAUUUCUCGUUGUAAGUGCCAUAAGAAUUUGCAACUGUCUUUGUGUAACCUGAGCAGCCAGAUGAUGUAAAGCCAUCACCUGCUGCUGUGUUAUCAUGCAUGUGCAAAGUUGUUGUUUCAGCUUCCUCUGCCUGGGAUAACCGUCUCGUGUUUGCCUGCUCAUAGAUUCCUCAGCUACGACACUUAUUACUUGACCAGUGUUUGUUUGUUGCAAGACACAAGUGUUUCUUUGUCCCAGCAGACCUCCUGCGAGGGUUUUUUCUUUAUAAUUUCUAUAAAGAUAAAAAAAUAUACAUUUGCGAAUGCACUCGAGGCUUGCACUUCUGCUUUGUGCCCUCUCUUAGUCAAUCAGCCUCCUUCCCUUACCCCCACCAGACCAAGUCAGUCAUUACUUUUCAUUCAGUUGGCUUGAUAAAGGAGAUGUCCUUUUUUCACCAUUGAUGUUUAUAUUGUAUAUGGUAACUUGUACAGAAGAUCUGAAACUUUUUCUUUAUCUUCACAGGGUUAACACUUUUAAAAUGCAUCUUUUUCUCCUUUUAAAAAAACAAACAAAAGACUGAGUAUUUAAAUCUAUUUUCAGGGAUCUGUAAAAGGAAUCUGAGGGUUUAAAAGGUCGUUUAUUUAAAGAAAAAGGUCCAUGUGUACAGGAACAGCUCCCGCCUCCCUUUUUGAAAGAUUGUUUCUUGUAGAAACGUCUUCAAUUUUCUGCCCAUUUUCUUUGUAAUCCUAAAAAUGUGUAAAUACUAUAACUGUGAAUACUAUAUAAAUAUAUAUAUAUUUUUUGUUCACUGGGAUUUGCUAUAUGAGCUCAGCUCAAAAAUCUAUGUCACAUGAGGUGAGUGAUGAGAUAGUAGCAGGAAAUUCAGCUUGUGUCAAGCUUUUUUUAAAAAAUUUUUGUUGUAAAUUCUAUGAAAGGUUGUUUGUGGUGUGGACAAAAAAACCUAAAGGUGCAGAAUCGGCAUGGGAAGAGGACUGAAGCAGCAGCCCGUUUCUCAUGUCUAUUUAUUACACAACAGAUGUAUGGAAAAGGAAAAAUGGAAAUAAAGCG